UCGCACACGGUUGCAACUUCGACGUCGACGUCGCGUCGUCGUUGCGAAGGCGCCGCCGUCUCCACGAUCAGUCUUCGACCGUUAUCCGCAGGAAUCAGUUGCGUUGGCGCUGCGACGAGUUAAUACUAGACCACGCGACACGUAUUAGAAAUGCUGCCAUCCAAAGGAUUCUCGCCGAAUGAUCCUGGGCGGCAUUGACUUUUCCAGUGCGGCCGCUCGUCUCUAGUGUUUUCAUAAAUUACCCCCGAUUUGCCUCGUCGCGGGGUCUUUUGCUUUAUCGCCGGACUCACGAAAGUCCAUUUCGGUUAUAUAGGUGGUUGGUUAGUUUGAGCUGGGAUUCUGUGACGCGAACAGGCUGUUGCAUAGAUUUAUCGGGUUUACGCGAACGGGUGAUAAUUAAAUCUUCACAAGCACAUUGUUCAAAUUUACUAAAUGACGCCUAGCGGGUGGUGUCGGUUUGUUUAGACGAAUUGUAAUCUGUGUGAGUGGCGUUUUCGAAAACAGUCGUGAUUAGUGAUCCCGAGGAGUUUAAAACUUAACAUCGUGCUGCAUCGAUAAAGUAAAUAUUGAGCAGUGGAAGAUGCAGCACCACCCGGGCUCGUGGUAUCUGCCAUGGGGCGUGCCCCUACAGAAAAUGGUUGCCGUGCCGAUUCACGCCGCCGGUCAUCUACCGUUACAACCACCAACUCUUCACAUGCAACCCAUGCUCACUGGUUUACCCGCCCCGUUGGCGACUCUUAGGACUUUCGUCGCUCAGCCCGCGAUGCGUCAGCAACCACAAAGAAAGAUCUGCGGAACCGAGAAAGACAAAAACAAGCUAAACGGUACGGAAAAACGGAAAGCAGAUGACGGCGAACCUAAUAAGGAUCUUAAAAAGGCAAAACUGGAAACCAAAGCUUUGAAAGCGAAACGACCAGGGUUCACAGACGAUCGUUACAACGAAACGUCUUACUACAUUGAAAACGGUCUCAGGAAAGUUUACCCCUAUUACUUUACUUUUACAACUUUCACGAAAGGCCGUUGGGUAGGGGAACGCAUCUUGGAUGUAUUCGCCAGAGAGUUCAGGGCACAUCCCGCAGAAGAAUACGAAAGGUGUAUACGAGCGGGAACGCUCACCGUAAACUACGAUAAAGUUCCUACGGACUACAGGUUGAAGCAUAACGACUUACUCGCCAACGUUGUUCACAGACACGAAGUGCCAGUCACUAGUCAAGCGAUCACCAUUGUACAUAUGGAUGAGGACAUUGUGGUGGUCAACAAACCCGCUUCUAUCCCUGUGCAUCCGUGCGGAAGAUAUAGGCACAACACGGUGGUCUUCAUUCUCGCCAAAGAAUAUAACUUGAAAAAUCUCAGAACCAUUCACAGACUGGACAGAUUAACGAGCGGGCUCCUUUUAUUCGGAAGAUCGCCGAAAAAAGCUAGACAGAUGGAACAUCAAAUUAGAAACAGGCUAGUUUCCAAGGAAUACGUUUGCCGAGUGGAAGGAGAAUUUCCCGACGGCAUGGUAGAGUGCAAAGAGCCAAUAGAGGUAGUGAGCUACAAAAUCGGAGUGUGCAAGGUGUCUCCGAAAGGAAAAGAGUGUAACACGUUCUUCCAAAAAUUGGGCUACAACGGAAAAACCAGCAUCGUGUUGUGUAGACCCAAAACCGGUAGGAUGCAUCAGAUCCGAGUACAUCUUCAGUACUUGGGUUAUCCGGUCGUCAACGAUCCCCUUUAUAACCACGACGUCUUUGGCCCGCUAAAGGGCAAGAGUGGUGAUCUGGGAGGCAAAACCGACGAGGAACUAGUCAGAGACUUAAUACACAUUCACAACGCGGAAAACUGGUUGGGUAUGGACGGAGACAGCGAACUGUCGAUGUUCAACUCGAGAAAAGCGGAUUUAGACGAUUCUUUAGUUGGACCUCUUGUGCCUAAGAGUGAUGAAGACGCCGACCCGGUGUCACGCGAGCCUUCGCCGUGCGACGAACCCUGCGAUAGCAGAUCCUCACCUCCGACUUGCGAAUCAACCCCCAACCCUUUGACGUUGUCGUCGUUUGCCAGCCGUAGCGGAGCAAACGACGCCAAAGUGACAGUGGCCACACAAACCGGACACGAGGCUCCGGAUUUUAGUUUUAAUCCCGAUAAAAUGACCGUCGACCAACACUGUUACGAAUGUAAAGUGCGAUACCGCGAUCCGAAACCCCAGGACCUUGUCAUGUAUUUGCACGCCUGGAAAUAUAAAGGUCCUGGCUGGGAAUUCGAGACGGAACUCCCGGAAUGGGCGAAGAUCGACUGGGUCGAACCCGACAUAUCCGAGUGAUAACUGUAAAGAAUCUUUCCCAUUUUUCAUAAUGUUAAGCAUCUCUUAUCCGCUCUGUCUUUCCAUACUCUUAGGUUACAAAAAAAAAAUGGGUGUAUUUUUCCCCAAAAAGGCAGGGUCCAACAAACAAUCACAUUUUAUACAUACUUUUCAUUAUCGUUUUACGUCGGUCAGAAGUGAGAAAUUUUGAUUUCCUGUAGUUUUAGAUAUUAGAAAAGUUAAUGUAGCAUUUGCGUUGUCGUUCGAAGCACAUUUUACUUAUUCUAAUGAUUUCCGUUUCGCAAAAGACAAUAAAGUAGGUACGUUAUGACGUCUAUAUAGUCGCUUGGAAACUCCUUUUGAACGACCGACGCGCUUACAGAAAAAUAAACGUUUUCUUCCGUAUUUCAGUGCUGCUAAUCAUUCUGUAGUGAUUAUAGGAGAAACUGUAAGAACAUCAGCCAAAAGUAUUUUUGUAUAAUGUAAAAAAAAACUCUUUAAAAAGUCUCUAUCUAUUUCACCGUUGUUAAAGUAAGUGCCACAGUUGUUUUGUAUAGAGUGUAAAAGUAUAAUUUUCUUCUAUAGCUUUAAAGUUGAUAUCGCCCUUUAUCAACGUUGAAACGUUCAUGAUUUCUCAUUAAAAAGUACUGGAAUACAUAUUGUGCCUUGAUAUGUGUGUUGUGACAUCUUUCGCUGGUUUUUAAGAUAAACUAUGUAUAUCCACUUUUUCAUAUCAGCUUCGGACCCUUGCUUAGCAUAAAUUUACCGUUUUAUCGUUAUAGUUGCUAUCGUGUGACAUACUUAAAUUUAAAAUAUAUAUGUUGAAACUGUUUGUGAACAUUCUCUAAACAUUUCUGAUCGUUUUAAUUUAUGAAGUAUUGAAGUCUCACGAGUUGAACCGCGAUUCUGUGAUGUGUGAACUAAUAUGAUUAAAUUUUGCUGAUUUUUUUUUUUUGUUCAGAAUCUGAAAAAUCGUAGCCGAUCUAGAGCAUUCCCUUCAGUCAUCAGAUUUUAUGCUACCAAUUGAAUUAAAAAGACGACACGCCAAACGAACAGCGUAAAAUUUAUGAAAAACACAAAAUAAUGAGCAUGGACCUCAUUUGACGAUAUAAUGGGAUUUCAGAUAUUACGGGGAACAUAUAGCUGUUUCUUAACAUAGUGCUUGCACUAAGCACACAUUUUCGUACUUAAAAAACCCCAAAAAAAAACAUGACUAGUGAGUUAGAAGUCCAUUUUUUAUAUUUCCUACUUUUAUCUAUAUGAGAAAGUUGACUGGUUAUGAUGUAAAUUUUAUUGCAUAAUAAUAGUUUUACGCUGAUAAUAAAUUCAUGAAGUAAGUAAAACUAAAUGUUGAAGUACAGGCCAGUUCUAAAGAAAAAUAAAAAUUAUACUGCCUUGUCCUUACCAAAUAAUUGAUAAAAAAGAGAAUUUGAAAGAUCAUUUUAAACAGUUUGUAACCGAUGUUUUGAUAAAAUAGUGAACGGCGGGAAAACGCGGAUAGAGAAAAUGAUAAAAAAUUUUCGUUUUCACUUAUUUUCAUUUAUUUCCGCAGUUGGUGUUACUGAAUUGACGCAAAACUUUGAGGUUAUAUUUCGCGAAUAAAUAUUCAAAAAACUUUGACGGCAUAUAAAAGUGAUACAACCGACAAAUUUGUGAACCAUCUUCAUGAGUAAAUUGUCAGUGUAAAAGCAGUAUUAAAUAAUUAAUAUGAAAUAAUAUAAUUUCGAGAUAAAAAAAUUGACAAAAAAUGUCUGUGUAGCGUAUCAAAAUAUAUAAGAAAACUCUGAUUAUAUGCUUGUCUGUCAGUUGUUUACUGAAUCACAUAUCUUAAUUGUGGUUCUGUUAAAAAUGCAGGAAAAUUCAAGAAAAAUCGCUGUUCUGUCCACUUGUCACAUACUAUAUGCCAGCAAAUAUCACGUUAUUUCAGUCAUUGCCACUUUAAUUUGUAACAUCGGCUGCGACUUUUCGAAAAUAUGGUUCUUCAAAAAGAUAAUGAUUUUUAUUAAUUUAGUUGUUCAAUUCUAUUCUAUUCUUUUAUAAUUUAGCUUAAGUAAAGCACUGGCUGGGAUUGUUUUUCCUAAUUUAUAACUGUGAAUAGUGUCAAAUCAAAAAAUGCGAACAAAUGAAUCAAAACUAUUUCAAUCAAUUCAUUAUACUUGAUUGUGAUCAUUUCUUCUAACAAAAACUAAAAAAGGCAUUCCCUUAAUUGAAACGUUAUUCUGCUGGCAGAAUGUCUGUAGUUUAUUUUCUACCGAGCCCUUUAUUAUUGGUUUAUUUUUGCUGGCAAAAUAAACAAGUAUCCGUUUAAUUUCAUACAAUAACGGGCUUGCUAAAUAAACAGUAAGCAGUAUUAUUUGAAAAAUGAAAGACAUUAAAACAUUCAUUAUUUUCGCACUAGUGUUAAAACUAACAUACUUUAUCAAAAUUCUUUGUGUAAAUUAAAUCGUCAAUAACGAAAAAUCUACGGGACGCCAGUGCUUCAGUUAUUAAAUUUCGUUUGAUUUUGGUUUUCGUAAUACCUCUUAGGAUUAGUGUGUUGUUUUUUAGCAUGAUGUAUGUAAAACUUAGCAGUUAUGUACAUAUAUAUAUUGUGUACGAUGGAUGUGAUUGCAAUUAUGGAUUUGUAUAAAUUUAAAUCAAUUUUCAGAAUCUAGAAUAUGAAAGAAUUUCGGCGCUGUAAUUGUGUGCUGCAAAGGCGUAAAAUAUCUAUUUCUAAUGUAAAAUCCAGUAAUUCAGUUACUACCAGCAUGGGAAGAGAAGUUGAAGGAGUCAACUUAAUGACAUUUUUUAAAAUAAUGCAUAUGCUUUAGGCACUUGAUAGAAAUAUCCAAAUUUUUUAAGCUCUACCCUACAUCGAAAAUUUUAUCAAUAAUUUGUAAAAAUCAAAAUCUUUGAAUUUAUUGCUUUUUUGGAUGGUAACGCCCACUAACAUAUUUUAAGUUCUUUAUUUGCUAGAAAAUACGAUACAUCAAUUUGUCUAUUUGAAUAUGCUAGGGCUUAGAACAAUUGCAGAUUGUAUGCUACAUUUUAUUUACUAGUUAAUCAUUUUGUUCCUUCUUCGAUUUCAAGUCGAAGCAGUAAAUGAAUCAUCGCAUAAGGUGUCGAUACAAAGCAUAUCCACCGAAAACAGUAACGACAAAAUUACAAUCUAAUAAUGAGCUUAAACUUAGCUUUUGCAUUUUUUUAACGGCGAUAAGAUAACACGUGCAUGCGCUUCCAAUAUUGUACUAAAACUAAUAUCAAAAAGUGAAAAAUUAGCGCAAAAAAUAUUUUCGUAAUUAUAUGAAACCCAUAUCUUCUUAUUGGAAUGUUUUUUAUUUAAUAUAAAUUUAGUCAAGUGUAACGGUUUAUUUCUUCUUAAAAGACAGUAUUGUGUUGUUUAGUAGUAUACUCCUUUUCGAUAGGAUGUUAAGAAGUUUGUUUAUUAUAUAUAUAUAUAUAUAUAUA